GUUUAAAGUGAGCAUGUAUAACAGUUGAGACACACACCUCAUACAUCAAAGUGUUGCAGAGCGCGUUCGCACAAAACCUAUACGCUUCGAAACGUCAAAAAGAAGAAAACUGGAAGCAACCAAAACAACACCCAAGCCGAGUUCAAUUUCGGUGAAAUAUAAUUCGUGUUUUCUGUGAUAAAUCUGCUGCUAACUCACCUGAAUCCUGUGUCGGAACGUUCGCUAGCACUGCCGCGAGAUGCUGUACUUGGAGGAUUAUCUCGAGAUGAUUGAGCAUUUGCCUCAGGAACUUCGGGAUCGGUUUACAGAAAUGCGUGAAAUGGAUCUGUCUGUGCAGAAUAACAUUGAUUCGCUGGACAAACGAGCGCGAACUCUGUUUCAGCAGUGCCGCCGAGGCGAACUGGUCGGUAGCAUGGCCGACGGGGAGUUCGACUCGAUCCGUAAGGACUACUACCGUGUUCUGGAAGACUCGGACGAAAAGGUUCAGUUGGCCGGUCAAAUGUACGAUCUGGUCGAUCGCUAUCUCCGGCGGUUGGAUAGCGAACUGUAUAAAUUCAAAUGUGAAUUAGAAGCGGAUCACAACGGAAUCACCGAGAUUUUGGAGAAGCGUUCGCUAGAGUUGGAUUCUUCCACCAGCAACGGUGGGUUGAAUCAGAAAGAGAACCGGUACUUUGACACGUUGACCGGAAUAUCCGGUGCGCUUUCGAGCUCGACGGCGGCUCGAGUCGAAAGUCGUUACAGCAUCAAACCGGAGAAGCGCCGAGAUAGGGACAGCAGCAUGGUGGGCCUGUCGUCGUUGGGAGGUCCCCCGCCAGAGAAGCGGCAGGCGGUGGCCACCGCCAGUGGUGGAAUCGCAAGUAGCCCAGUGGUGCGCCCGACCACACCGAAUGUGGCCGCAACGGAAACAUACCACAAGCUCCCUCCAUCCAGUUCCGUGACUCCUCGGGCCACUUCCUCGGUGGCCUACAAUCUGCAGCAGUUUGGAGCGGGUAAUGCCAUAGCGGCCGCGGCCAGCCAGGCCAUCGCUCAGACACAGCAGAUGCAACAGGGCAGGAGGACGGCCAGCUUGAAGGCAUCGUACGAAGCGAUUCACGGAGCUGGCGGAACCGGUACCGGUCCGCACGAUUUACUGAUCAACAGGGAGUUGGCUGGGGCAACGCACAAUGCGCUGCAAGCGGUGGAACGUGAAACCAACAAUGCGUUCUCCAAUCAACAGCAGCGGAGGCAACACAAGAAGAAACUCACGGCAAAUACGUCAGCGGCAGCCACACUGUUACAAGCACACCAGAAGCAGCAACAGCAGCACUCGGCGGCCCUCAGUCCUAAUCUGUCCUCCUCGUCUCUAGAUCUUUUAGAGCCCUCGCUUCCGGGAGUGCUGUCCGGUGUGGGAGCGGGCUCCCUCGGUGGUGGUGGCCCCGGCGGUAUAUCGUCCGCUUCAUCCAGCAGUGGACCAUCAUCAUCCGGUGGCAUCGGCAUUGGAGGUGCUGCUGGUGGUAGUGGUAUCGGUGGUCUAGGUGCAGGCAUCGCAGGCAGCAGUUCCGGAGGAUCGGCCCAUACGGCUCACCUGCCGGGUGGACCCCCGAUGGGACCAAGCGUGGUGCUGAACGAGAAUGGCAUGGUGGUGGAGCAGACGCCGGAGGGCGAAUGGACCUACGAUCCGAAUGAACCGCGGUAUUGCAUCUGUAAUCAGGUCUCGUACGGCGAUAUGGUGGCAUGCGAUAAUGAGGAUUGUCCCUUCGAGUGGUUCCACUAUCCGUGUGUGAACAUCACGUCGACGCCCAAGGGCAAAUGGUACUGUCCGCAGUGUAGCAGCUCGAUGAAGCGGCGGGCCUCCCGGAAGAACUAACGGACAGACGAAGAUUCACGGUAAUAUUGAAAUUCAUCGUUCCAUACUUAUACCCAGAAAUAAUGUUGUAGCGCGGCAGGCGCCCUCCUAAUCUCGCGGUUAAAUUACAAUUAGCGCUUCUUCCAGCUGAGAGGAUGAGUUUUCAAAAUUUUCCUAUAUUGGCUUAGCGCCGGAAAAUGGCAAGUAAAAGUUUAUUGAAUGGAAUUCUUUCGUAUAAUACCCGAUAAUAAAAUUAAAAAUCAAUAAACCACUUACAUAAGCUAGUGUGAUU